CACUACUAACAUUGCCACUUUAGUCCAUCUUAUUUCAUGUUCUGUGUAUAUGCAGAUUUUGCUUGUGUUACAGCUGUGACAGGCAUACCAGCUCAAUCAAAAUACCAAAUCUUUGUCAGAAGCCUAAAACGACUUUUUUAAAAAGGCUAGCUACUGUUACUAAUUAUGACUGACUUAAAUAGCAAUUAAAUUAGAAAUGAAGUAAGUUUCUAAGUCGAAUUCUCUAUCAAAUCUCGUUCGUUUUCUGACUGCUGAAUUUACCUUGUGUGCGUGGGUUAGUUCGAUUUCAAUCACUAAAACAAUGCAGAUGGGCGGGGUUUAGCAUAGCAUGGUAUUUUAAUUUUAAAGGACCUUGUGACUUUUCGUUGAAACUUAAAAACACUAUAAAUCAAUUAACCGUGGAGUUUCUGGGAGAUGGGGAAAGCCCCCCGUCGCUGACGGUGCGGGAGUCAGCCAGCCGGUUAAAAUUUCAUGGUACACCCUCACCGCUCCCUCGGUUUGAUGCGUGCUGUACGCCGCCCGAGUUGCGCCAUUUUGAAAGUGUAAUGCUGGGAGAGGCACAGGCGAGGGAAAUCUCAAAGUAGAGUGCAAAGUCUCAAAGCCGGUACCGAGGGUUGUAGUUAACUUUGUUCGGUUUAACUGUUUUCGCGUUGUCUGUAUCAACUGGGCCGAGGACUUCACAGUCUUCGGAGUUUAUAGCAGCACUCACAGCCUCAUUCCUCUGCUGCUCCUCGGUCAGAACCACCCAACCCACCCGGGUCGGCACUGCUCUAGUCCAGGGCCCGAGCCCGCUACAGAGAACCCCUCUGUCUGAGUUGCUCACCAUGGCAGGGGCCGGUGCUGGGAGCGGUGAUGUUCAGUGGUGCUUUUCCCAAGUCAAAGGAGCGAUAGAUGAUGAUGUCGCUGAAGCUGACAUCAUAUCCACGGUUGAAUUCAACCACUCUNNNNUACUUGAAAUUAAGUCAGAUCUGUGGUCCACCAUUGUUCAGAGUAAGAAUCAGCCACAGUGCCGAGGAGAGUACAAUGUUUACAGCACCUUCCAGAGCCACGAGCCUGAGUUUGACUACCUUAAAAGCCUUGAGAUCGAAGAGAAGAUCAACAAGAUUCGAUGGUUGCCUCAGAAAAAUGCAGCACAUUUCCUUUUGUCGACAAAUGACAAAACCAUAAAGCUGUGGAAAAUUAGUGAACGAGACAAAAGACCAGAGGGUUACAAUUUGAAGGAAGAAGAUGGGCGAUACCGAGAUCCCAAUACUGUCACAACACUACGGGUACCGGUGUUCAUGCCCAUGGACUUGAUGGUGGAAGCCAGCCCCAGACGAGUGUUUUCAAAUGCUCAUACCUACCAUAUCAAUUCCAUCUCAGUCAACAGUGAUUGUGAGACCUACCUGUCUGCAGAUGACCUGCGCAUUAACCUGUGGAAUCUGGAGAUCACUGAUCGCAGCUUUAAUAUUGUUGACAUUAAGCCAGCCAAUAUGGAGGAGUUGACAGAAGUGAUCACAGCAGCAGAUUUCCACCCCAGCCAAUGCAACACUUUUGUCUACAGCAGCAGCAAGGGCACCAUCCGCAUGUGUGACAUGAGGGCAUCAGCACUGUGUGACAAGCAUGCCAAAAUAUUUGAAGAGCCAGAGGAUCCAAACAGUCGUUCGUUCUUCUCUGAAAUCAUCUCAUCCAUCUCUGAUGUCAAAUUCAGCCACAGUGGACGCUACAUGAUGACCCGCGACUACCUGUCUGUCAAAAUCUGGGAUCUCAACAUGGAGACCCGGCCAGUAGAGACAUAUCAGGUACAUGAAUAUCUCAGGAGCAAAUUGUGUUCCCUCUAUGAAAAUGAUUGCAUCUUCGACAAGUUUGAGUGCUGCUGGAAUGGGAAUGACAGUGUUGUGAUGACUGGUUCCUACAACAACUUCUUCAGGAUGUUUGACAGAGGCUAUCGGCAGGAUGUGACCCUAGAGGCGUCACGGGAGAAUAGCAAGGUACGAUCGGUCCUGAAACCUCGCAAAGUAAGCACAGGUGGAAAGCGCAAAAAGGAUGAGAUCAGUGUAGACAGUCUGGACUUUAACAAGAAGAUCCUCCACACUGCUUGGCAUCCUCUGGACAACAUCAUUGCUGUGGCCACAACCAACAAUCUGUACAUAUUCCAGGAGAAACUGAACUAGCAUUCGUUGAACCACUCAGGUCCUUGUUUCCUCUUGAGCCCCACUGCUCUGAUAAACACAUAUAAUUAGUAUCUGUCUCUGGCUAAAUCCCCAAGUCUUCAUAUGAUCUGUCCCCUGUGAUUUUAAUAUUGAAUGUAACAUGAUGUACAGCAACAAACAGUGGCUUUAACACAGUACAUCCAAGCCGGCCAUUACAAGCACAAUAUCCAUGUGUAUUAGAAAUGUAAGCAUGCCAGGUUUGUAGAUCUGAGUCAGUACUUUGGGAUUUGCUGUCUUGGGUUACUUCACUAGGAGCACUCCUUUUGCCAGGCUACCAUUUGCAAGUCCACUACAUCCAAAGGGAAAAUGCGUUAAAUACACACGUUUAGCUAGUUUGUUUUGUUAUUCUUUUGUGCCAUCGUGACAUGGUUCACAUGUACAGUAUGUCACACCUACAAGUUAGGUUUUUGUAGCUGCCAUUUUUAUUCAUUUGAAUAGCAAUUUCCUUCUCCUGUCUGUAUGUCACCAAGUUCCUUUUCGUUCUGGCCUGAAAUACUGCUAAUACAAGCUGUCAACACUCUAGAUUUGCGAAGUUGCCAAAUUCACACAAUAUUUCUCUCCUAAUGUACACUAUGGUGAUGCUGUUAAAGGACUAUUCUAGUGUUUUAUUAUAUUUUAGCUUUUUUUGUUGUUGUUGUUGUUGUUGUUGUUGUUGUUUUUUUUUAGUUUAACUUAUAUUACCGCUAACCUUUGUUCACACCAUACCAGUAUUUACCAAAUCAAAGUUCUAACUUCAAGGCAGACACUGAUGUGCUGAUUCAAUUUCUCUAUACAAGAAAGUCAACAUGCAUGACUGUUAUUCCAUCGCAGUGAACUAUUUGUUGUCUUUAAAUAAGUCUAUCAUUGUUCUGUAGUGUAAGCAAGAAAAGUCAGUUUGACCAGGGGUACUGUAAUACCUGACACAAAGUUUUUCAGCUGCAUUACCAAAAUCUGACCAUAUGCUCACUGAGAUGGAUUGUUUAUCUCAAAUUAAUUUUCAAGCCUGUGGGUUGAUUUUAUAUAGAAUAUUAAAAUUGCUACAUUUAGGAAAAUUGUCCACAGUAAAGUAUAGGUAGUUUCUAGUUACUGAGCUAAACCAUAAAAACUAUUUUCAUGUAGUCCUUCAAGCAUGGACAUAAGAAUGGUGGUAUGUGGUUUGGGGGGUUGAAUGGGGUGAAUCAUGCCAAAGUAACUAGUCCUGUACACUCCAACGCUGUAUUUAUUUAAAGCUGUUUUGCAGACAGGGUGCCCCCAGUCAGACCAGUCACUCUUGCACACAUGUGGACCAUCAUAUAAAGCUCAGGACAAAAGUGUGGAAAGGUGUAACGGCAUAAUGUGGCCUAAUUCGCUUGUGAUCUGUGGCUCCAAAGUUGAGUGCUGCUGCCAGCUUCUCCACAAAGCCCGUUGUGGUGUUGCAGGUUGAUUGAUUGCUUUACCCCUUCUGGAUCUAGUUUUUUUUAUGUUUUGUACUGUAUCUGAUAAAAGAAUAAUCACUAUAGCUGAUUUAUUUUUGUAAAAAAAAAAAAAGGCAAUAGGAUUACAGUCUGAUCACUGUAGUUUCUUCACCUGUCUAUCUCAGACUGAUUGUAGAUGGAAGGUUGCCUCGUCAGGUAAUCUGUCGUAUGACUUUGGGACAUUUUGUUUAUUCUGGAAAGUGUUUGUUUGAAAGGUAGAGACUUUUUGUGUUAUCAAAGAACUGUUAUUUCUGAUGUGGGAUGUCCAAAGAGAAGUAUUUUUAGGUGUCAAUACCUCUGUAGUCAUAAGCACUAAAAGUUUUAAAUGUGGUUGACUGUAACUGAUGUUUAUGUUUAACUCGUUUGGACAUUCCAGAGUCAGAUUCUGAGUUAAUUUAGAUCUUAACAUUCUUUUAUGUGCCAUGGUUUUGUUUAUGAAUCCUUUUGCUCCCUGUGAAAGAAUAGACCCUUAGGGGUCUAACUAGGAAAGGCAUUUUAAUCAGCAUGUAAGGUUAACUCAAGUUCUCUCUAAAUCUAGUCAAGUCAGUUGACUAGGCAGAGUUCCUGAUUUGGAAUUAUUGUAUGACAGGCUUCUCUCGUUGAUGCAGAGAUGGACUUGUUUAUUUUAAAAGGAGAAUUUGUUUAGCACUUGGUUUACAGAUGAUUGUGUAUGGAGUGGUCAUGACUGACUUGGAGUGAACAUGGGAGCGGUCUGCGACGCUGUGAUUCAUUCACAUGUUACCAGUUCUGUUCUGGUGUAAACCAGUUGAUUGAUUAUAGCGCAGUUUUUCACUUUGUUGAAAUUAUUGCUUGUGGACAGGUUAAACUAUUAAAUCGGGGCAUGAAUCUUGUUGGUGCACUGGAUUAUGUGGGUUGUUUGUUUCACUCCUGCCUUUAGAGAACUGAGUUCCAAUUGCUAGGAUGUCACCAAAAUAACCACCUAUGUCUAUAUGUGGUGUUAAGCUACUGUUCAAUGUCACUCUCUCAGGGCUCUGGGUAAUGUCCUCUAAUAAGACACUUUGCUAAUAUCUUUUUUGUGUUUGUAUUCAUUUCACAACCUUUUUGAAAAUCAACUUGUCUUUAUUGUCUGAUGCAAGAUUGCGUGAGGGUCAUUCAAGUAAUUUACUUUAUCAUUUAUGUAUUAAACUGUAUAAUGUGGCACCUUUUUGUUCCACAGUCGAGAAUGAUGCAAUCGGUUAGCCACCAAUCAACAAGGAGAGUUGUCCCUUCAAAAUGAGAUCAUUGAUCAGCCUUGUCCUGUCAUUCACCCAAAGGAAGUGUUUACUUAGUCACUGUUUAAUGACUACUGUUCCACCAGGCUGUUUAAAAAUGUUGAAGUGCAAAAAUCAAUAUCAUAAUAGUAUGAGGUAAUAUUGACUUUAAAAAAAGAUGCCACAGACUAUGUCAGGGCAUUAUUAUUAUACAGUCACUGACACUGGUUUAAAAAAACAAAUAACUAACCAAUAAUUGUUUUCAUUUUCCCUUCAGAAUGUCCUCAUACCUACUGUUCAAAGCUAUGGUGUAAACCACAGACAUUCAUAAGAACCUUAUUGCCUUUCCUAUAGCAUAAAGUAGAAAUAAGAUAAUCAAAUAUGUUUCUUGAACUUUCUAGCAUGCCAGACAGGAGAUUGCUCAGGGGAACUUACCGCUGCUCUGUGAUUAAAACCUUGUACCUUCAAGAAAGCAGCUUUUAAGGAAAAUCAGCCUUAUUUAGGCAACUUGUCCUUCUCCUCCCCCCACCCUUUUUUUUCUCUCUGUGAAAUCUAAGUUUCUGUAAUUGCUUUUGAACAUGAACAUACCCUUCAUUCAGGAAGCUGUCUGAAUUGGAGUUAUAAGAUUUUUCCACUUGCAGCAGCAUUAUAAACACAUUUAAUGUAUCAGAGGAGUUGCAACAAAAUGCACUUUUAUUUUUGUGAAUUUCAUUAAUUUGUAUGUUUUUCUUUCAAGGGGCUCAUGAAUAAAGGUUGUAGGACAGUUGAUCUGUUUAAAUGGUUCAUGUACAGCUGUUUCUGUCAAAUGGAAUAAAAUACAGUUUAGAUGAAAAGUAAUAAAGAGAUUAAUAUCUGAAUUUGGAACUA